AUGUCAAAGAAACAGUCAUUUGAUGAAUUCUUGAAGCAACAACAAGCUCAACAAUCAGCUAAUCUGAAUAGAGCUGCUGGUUAUAAGAAUGCUGGAAUUCAGGGAUUUAAUCCAUAUUCCCAAGGAUUUGUACCAGAUCAAUAUCAAGGUGGUUAUCAAGGUGGUUAUCAAGGUGGUUAUCAAGGAGGUUACCCAGCAGGUUACCAACAACCACAAAGUCCAGUACCAACUGAUUUAAGAAAAGGUAUUAAGAGUCCAAUUGAUUCAUUACCAACCAGUGGUAGAUCAACUCCUAAUCCAAAUUCUUCAACUACCUCAUUAUCUUCAUUAGGUGGUGCUUUCAGUAAAUUAAACGUCAAAGACUUACCUAUUGAAGAAAACUUGAAUAACAUCGAAAGAGCUACUAAAUUAAGUGAAGUUAAAACCGAAAUCGAAAGUAUUUUAAAUAUUAUUGAAAGUAAUCCAAUUUCUGUAAUCAAUGAAUGGUCAAUUUUAGAUAUUGUUAAAUCUUUAGCUAAACCAAAGAAUUCACCAUUAUUAAGAGAAACGUCAGGUUUAAUAAUUCAACAAUUAGCUAUGAAAUUUGGUGGUAAAUCUCCUAUUGAAUCUUAUUUGAUCCAAUUUUUCCCUUCAGCUUUUGAUUUAGCUGCCGAUAAAGAUAAGAAUGUCGUCAAAGCUGGUGCUUCAGCUGCUAAUUCAUUAUAUGGAAUUUUCCCUGUUGAAGCUUUAGGAUCAAUUGUUUUCGAUGAAUUAUUAAAUUAUCUUAAAUCAUCAGCUAAAUGGAAUGCUAAAAUUGCUUGUUUAGAUUUAUUCGAUAAACUCAUUGAUGAAGUUCCUGCUGAUUUAAGUGAAUUAAAAUUCGUUAAAGCCGUACCAAUUUUCACUGAUAUGUCAACUGAUUUCAAACCUGAAUUGGCUAAGCAAGGUUUAAAGAUUUUAAGUAAAUUUGUUAAGGUAUUAGAUAACUUGGAUUUACAAAACAAAUAUGAUUUAAUUGUUGAUACUUUAGCUGAUCCAAAGAAAGUUCCUGAAUGUAUUAAGAAUUUGUCAUCAGUUACCUUCGUUGCUGAAGUUACUGAACCUGCUUUAUCUUUAUUAGUACCUAUCUUGGAUAAAUCAUUAAAAAUGUCAUCAUCUUCAAAUGAACAAUUAAGACAAACCGUUACUGUCACUGAAAAUUUAACCAGAUUAGUUAAUAACAAAAGAGAAAUUGAAACUUAUAUUCCAAUUUUAUUACCAGGUGUUGAUAAAGUGUUUAAUAAUGCUUCAUUACCAGAAGUUAGAGAAUUAGCUGGUAAAGCUUUAAAAGUUUUACAAGAUGCUGAUGCUGAAAAAGCUGAUGGUAAAUUCCAUGGUAGAUUAUCAUUAACUCAAUGUAAAGAAUUUUUCACCAAACCUGAUAACAAAGAUAUUUUACAAGCUUUGAAAUUUGAUGAUGAACUUAUCAAUAAUUACUUAGCUAUUAUUUUACAAUCAGAUGCUCAUGUUAAUGAUUGGAAACGUUUGAAUGAAUAUCUUCAUAUGGCUAUUCCAACUAAUGAUACUAUCACUGAAGAAAUCAAAGAUCAAUAUAUUUCAUCUAUUGUUGGUGAAUUACGUGGAUCAUAUACUGCCACUACUCAAUCUAAUUAUGAUGAUGAAGAAGGAGCUAUUGAAAUUGUUAAUGCUGAUUUCUCUUUAGCUUAUGGUAGUAGAAUGUUAUUAAAUAAAACCAAUUUAAGAUUAUUAAAAGGUCAUAGAUAUGGUUUAUGUGGUAGAAAUGGGGCAGGUAAAUCUACUUUAAUGAGAGCUAUUUCUAAAGGUCAAUUAGAAGGAUUCCCGUCACCAGAAGAAGUCAGAACUUGUUUUGUUGAACAUAGAUUACAAGGUGAAGAAGGUGAUAUGGAUUUAGUUAGUUUUAUUGCAUCAGAUCCUGAAUUAGCUCAUGUUAAACGUGAAGAAAUUGCUGAUGCUUUACAAGAAGUUGGAUUCCCAGAAGAAAGAUUAGUUCAAAAUGUCGGUUCAUUGUCUGGAGGGUGGAAAAUGAAAUUAGAAUUAGCUAGAGCUAUGUUAAUGAAAGCUGAUGUUUUAUUAUUAGAUGAACCUACUAAUCAUUUAGAUGUUGCUAAUGUUAAAUGGUUAGAAGAUUAUUUAGUUGAACACGGUGAAAUCACUUCAUUAAUUGUUUCCCAUGAUUCUGGUUUCUUAGAUGCUGUUUGUACUGAUAUUAUUCAUUAUGAAAAUAAAAAAUUAGCUUAUUAUAAAGGUAAUUUAUCAGCUUUCGUUGAAGUUAAACCUGAAGGUAAAAGUUAUUAUACUUUAACUGAUUCUAAUGUUAAAAUGGCUUUCCCAUCUGCUGGUAUGUUAUCAGGAGUUAAAUCAAAUACUAGAUCAGUUGCUAGAAUGAGUAAUGUCACUUUUGCAUAUCCUGGAGCUGCUAAACCUUCAUUAAAAGAAGUUUCAUGUUCUUUAUCAUUAUCUUCAAGAGUUGCUAUUUUAGGUCCAAAUGGGGCUGGUAAAUCAACCUUAAUUAAAUUAUUAACUGGUGAAUUAGUUCCAAAUGAAGGUAAAGUUGAAAAACAUCCAAAUUUAAGAAUUGGUUAUAUUGCUCAACAUGCUUUACAACAUGUUGAACAACAUAAAGAAAAAACUGCUAAUCAAUAUUUACAAUGGCGUUAUAGAUUUGGUGAUGAUCGUGAAGUUUUAAUGAAAGAAUCUAGAAAGAUUUCUGAUGAAGAAAAAGAAUUAAUGAAAAAGGAAUUUGCUAUUGAUGAUGGUAGAGGACCAAGAGCUAUUGAAGCAAUUGUUGGUAGACAAAAAUUGAAAAAAUCAUUCCAAUAUGAAGUUAAAUGGAAAUUCUGGUUACCAAAAUAUAACUCUUGGGUUCCAAAAGAAGUCCUUUUAGAACAAGGAUUUGAAAAAUUAAUUCAAAAAUUCGAUGAUCAUGAAGCUUCGAGAGAAGGUUUAGGUUAUAGAGAAUUAACUCCAAAAGUCAUUAGAAAACAUUUUGAAGAUGUUGGUUUAGAUGGUGAUAUUGCUGAUCAUACUCCUAUGGGAUCAUUAUCUGGAGGUCAAUUAGUUAAAGUUGUUAUUGCUGGAGCUAUGUGGAACAAUCCUCAUUUAUUAGUUUUAGAUGAACCUACCAAUUAUUUGGAUAGAGAUUCUUUAGGUGGGUUAGCUGUGGCUAUUAGAGAUUGGAAUGGUGGGGUUGUUAUGAUUUCCCAUAAUAAUGAAUUUGUUGGAGCUUUAUGUCCUGAACAAUGGCAUGUUGAAAAUGGUGAAGUUGUUCAAAAAGGUACUGCUGCUGUUGAUGCUAAAAGAUUCGAAGAUGGUAAAGGUGAAGAUUCUGCUGAUGCUUCAAAAGAAUCAUCACCUGCUCCUUCUAAAAAACGUGAUGAUGAUAAUGAUUCUCCUGCUAAUAUCAAAGUUAGAAUCCGUAAAAAGAAAAUGACUAGAAAUGAUAAAAAACUUCAAGCUGAAAGAAGAAGAUUACGUCAUAUUGAAUGGUUAAGUAGUCCAAAAGGUACUCCUAAACCUCCUGAUACUGAUGAUGAAGAUGAAUAG